GUUAUUUAUGAAGCAUCAUUAUGAUAAGAAAUGAACAUUUCUUUUAUUGUUAUUGUAACUCGUAAUACCUUAGAAUUUAUAAAUUUUAUUUAUAAAAGGCCAAUGUGCUAAUAAACUUAAUAUAAAUUUUAUAGUAAUAUGACGUCGAAGUGAAGAAAAUAAACAAAAAUCGCAAGUAUUUUUGUAAGUAGAGCUGUUUACAUGAAAUGGCAAAGAGCCUUCUAUUUCUAAAGUAUUCGAUGCAGUGGCAAUUGAUCUCAUAAAAGUGUGGACUACGGCUUCUUUACCAACCGUAAACAUACAACUUGUAAAACAAAUUUUUAAAAACAAUUAUGAUAUGUACUUGUAUUUUUACGCUAUCCAAAAUCUAAACAAACUGAAAAAUUUAAAGUUUUCUGCUAUCUUGUCAAACGUGCCUGUUUUACCGAAGGAAAUUGAAAGUAGUCUAAGUACAGAUCAGGAAUAUUUAUACCAAAUCUAUCAAGCAGUAAGCAGCGGAUCAUGUUCUCAAGUUUUGUCUAACAGAAAUCCUGGAAAAAUGGUUCAUUCACGUUGGUUAACAACGGCUAACAGAAUCUUGAGAUUAUAUGUGACCACACCGAAUCCGUCACGACAAUUAAUUAAACUCACAGAAUAUAUUGUAAAUGCUUCUUUAUGGUUUUAUAUAAAGAAAGAUAGUUCAUUUAAACUAGGCCCAACUCACGUCUACAAAUUAAUUUAUUUCUCUCGAUGUUUGAGCUCCGACAUAAAAAAGGUUAUCGAUUAAGUUAUACAAAGAAAUUAUAUUUCUGUACAUCCUGAAAACCUGUUAUUGUUGCUAUGCUUUACGACAAUCGGCCACAUGUUAGAAAAUUGGGAUUAAGGCGAAUAAUCGCAGCAAGACAAAAUUCAAAACUUGGGCUAAGAAUACUUAAGAGUUCUGAAGAUAAACUUUGAUGCCAAUGACUACACUGAUAUGAUUUUAUGGAGCGAGUCACAAGUUACAUCACCUCUAGUGCUAAAAGAUAUCAGUUACAAGUGGAAGACGUGGUUGCAUCAAACUCCAAUAUUACAUUGGAGUUGUCGGAUUUUCCUUGUCAUACACAAGCAGUAAAGCGAUAUAUCAAGAUGGGGUCUGAAGCAUCGUUUAGUGUAGUUGGCGAAAAAGCCAGAUAUUGAUUUAUUCGUUCUAAAAUAAAAUCCCGUGCAAUUAUGCCAUAUUUAGAAACAAAUAAAGAUUUAAAGAUACAAAAAAAGUAGUAAUUUAUA